AUGUCAAAUGGACUUCAAAAUUGGGAAUUUAGAACAUUAACCAACCAUCCAAAUUCCACAUUGGAAAUAAAUAAAUGGUACAAUACAUCACCUGUUUCUAGAUCACAUCAAGUACAUGUAGAUUUAUUAUAUAAUGAUCUUAUCCCUGAUCCAUUUAUAAAUGAUUAUGAAACUAAUUUAAAAUGGAUAAGUGAAUUAAAUUGGCAAUAUCGAUGUAUAUUCGAUUCAUCUAGUAGUGAUAUUAAUGAAACAAUGGUGCUAAUAUUUGAAGGAAUUGAUACUUUUGCAACUAUUCAAUUGAAUAAUGAAACUAUUUUAACGACAGAUAAUGCAUUUCAUAAAUAUAAUGUCCCAGUUAAUAUUCAAGAUCAUAAUGAAUUGAUAAUUACCUAUGAAAGUAGUUUUAAAAAAGGAAAAAUUUUGGAAAAGAAAUAUGGAAAAAAUCCAGUUUGGAAUGGAGAUUCAUCUAGAGUAUAUGUUAGAAAACCACAAUAUCAAUAUGGUUGGGAUUGGGGACCGAUAUUAAAUACGUUUGGAUUUGAAUCAGUGAAAUUAAUCAGUAGCGUUAAUUAUAUUGAUGAUUUCUUUGUUGGAUAUAAAUUGAAUGAUGAAUUAGACACUGUGGAAUUAUCAUUGGAAUUACUGUUUUUAUCUACACCAACUUGUUUGGAUGUUAAGAUUGAAAUAAAAGAUAAUGUGGGGGAUUACGUGGGUGUUGUAGAAUCACAAAAUGUGGAGAAAUACACUCAAUUGGGUUACACAUUAUCAAAUGUGAAACUAUGGUAUCCUAUCCAUCAAGGUAAUCAAUCAUUAUACACAUUUGAUGUUAUUAUCAAUGGAGUGCUAAAACAAACAAAGAGAGUUGGUUUUAGAAAAGUUGAAUUAAUACAAUCAGAUGAUGAAUUAGGUCGAUCGUUUUAUUUCAGGAUAAAUAACAAACCUAUACAUAUUUUAGGUACUAAUUGGAUACCUGCUCAUUCAUUCACAUCAAAAUUGACUCCGAAUGAUUAUUCACAAUGGAUGGAAUUAGUUGCCAAUGGUGGUUACAAUUUGAUAAGAAUAUGGGGUGGUGGUCAGUAUGAGAAUUCUCGAUUGUAUGAAUUGUGUGAUGAACUUGGUAUUAUGAUUUGGCAAGAUUUCAUGUUUGCUUGUGGUGUGUAUCCUGAUAUAAUUAUUGAUUCUGUUAAGAAAGAAGUACAUGAUCAACUUAUGAGAUUGCGGCAAUAUUGCUCUAUCAUCAUCUAUGCUGGAAAUAAUGAAGAUUAUCAAAUUGCAGAAGCUGAAAAACUCGAUACCAAUAAUGUAACACAAUUCCCAGCCAAGAUAAUCUAUGAAGAUGUGAUUCCUUCAUAUGUUACUAAACUAUGCAACCAAACUCCUUAUCAUUUUGGAUCACCUUAUUCCGACAAUACACAUAAAUCAUCGGAUCCAAAUAUAGGUGAUUUACAUCAAUGGAAUGUUUGGCAUGGUGAUCAUGAAGCAUAUCAAAACUGGCCACAGUUGACUGGUAGGUUUGUAUCUGAGUUUGGAAUGUUAUCACUUCCUUCAAUGCGUACAUUAAACACAUACAUUGACGAAUCACAAUUAUAUCCAAAUUCAACUAUGCUUGAUUUUCAUACUCGUGCUGCAGGUAGGGAAUAUUUGGAUACCUAUGUUUGGGAUAAUUUCCCUAAACCACAAAUUCUUACUAUUGAAUCGUGGAUAUACUUAACUCAGUUAAUGCAAUCAGAUGCAUUAAGUUUUGCUUAUAGAUACUGGAGAAGGAAUUGGUUAGAUUAUAAGACUGGUGGAAUUAUCGUUUGGCAAUUGAAUGAUUGUUGGCCAAGUAUAUCCUGGUCCACGGUUGAUUUUCUUAAAAUACCUAAAUUGUCAUAUUAUGGAAUCAAAAGGGAGAUAAGUGAGAUUCUGAUCGGAUGUUAUCGAAGCAAAGUGGACAUGAAAUCUGAACACAUUCAAAAUACAUUCAGUAAUGGAUAUGAAUUGGAUAUUUGGGGAUUUGGAAAUGACAAAAAUUUGACGUUGGAGAUUGAGUUCUACAACGAAUUAGGUGAUAUUUAUUUCGCUAAUAAGAUUGAUGGUUUAAAUUUCACUACUAAUCAAGUCAAUACCAUAAUUGAAAAUCAUCAUCAUUAUCACCAAUUAUACGACAAAACAAUCGUAUACAUUAAACUAUUCAAAAACAAUCAAAUCAUUGCACGCUCGAGUGAUUGGCCACAACCAUUGAAACAUCUCCCAUGGAAGAAACAUUCCGCAGUUAUAUCAAUUGAGCAUCUUGGAAAUGGUGAGUUUGAAAUUACAACCAGUAAACCGAUUAAAGGAUUUGAAUUGUAUUUUCAAGAAUGUAAUUAUUUAUUUAAUGAUAAUGGAAAAGAUAUAUUUCCUAAAGAUCCACAAAUUAUAAAAGUUAUUAAUUUUAAUCAAUCUGAUUUAUCCAAAUUGAAAUAUCAUCACCUAGGUACAAUUCUAUAA